AUGUUCAUAGCUGCACUAGCAAGGCCACACAUAGCACUAAGUGGAGAGGUCAGUUUUGAUGGGAAGAUAGGAAUCUUCCCAUUCAUAGAAGAGGUGGCAGCAAAGAGGUCAAGUUGUAACAGAGAUGCUGGGGUGAUUGAAACCAAAGCUCAAUUAAGCAUCACAAAAGAUGUCAUAAGGGAGAAACUCAUAAAUCACAUACUGCCAUCUAUAAGAAACAAGUGGCCAGAUAAUGGAUGCAAGCAAAUAUGGAUUGUCCAAGACAAUGCAAGGCCACACAUAGCAAGUACUGAUGAGCAGUUCAUGUUGGAAGCACAAAAAGAUGGUUUUGAUAUCAGAUUAAUCAAUCAGCCAGCACAGUCACCAGAUAUGAAUGUGUUAGAUCUUGGUUUUUUUAAUGCAAUUCAAACCUUAAAAGAUCAAAUAGCACCUAGGAGUGUGAAACAGUUGGUGAAGGCAGUGAACAAGUCAUUUGACAACUAUGAUCCUAAGCUAUGCAAUCACAUUUGGUUAACUCUACAACAAGUGAUGAAGGAGACUCUAAUAGUUAAGGGUAACAACAAUUACCACAUACCACAUAUGGGGAAGAAAUCACUUGAGAGGAGGGGUGAGUUACCAACAAGUAUUGUCAUUAGCCCACAAUUAGUAGAAGAGAGCAGAAAAUGGGCAGAAGAAGGUCAUCUUGAAGAUGAUCAAGAAGAAGCAAACUAUGGGGAUGAAGAUUCAGAUGAUGGUUUUGGGAUAAUUAAAGCAAAAACAGCAAGCAAUGGGCAUUUGAAGGCCAAUUUUUUGGGCAUUAGAGUGCAAGAACAUUUUGUAAGUAAAAUACAACAUAUAUAG